AUGGCUCCCAUUACGGACGAGGUCGUCAACGGCCUGAAGGACACUAUCGGAAAGCUGGAGGCUCGUGUUGAGGAGUUGGAGGGCCGCCUCAGCAACCAGGUCAAGCCCAAGUCGGUUGCUGAGCAGAUGCGCAUCAUCCUGAUGGGACCUCCUGGUGCCGGCAAGGGUACCCAGGCUCCCCGACUGAAGGAGAAGUACUGUGUCUGCCACUUGGCCACCGGUGACAUGCUGCGCUCCCAGGUCGCCAAGAAGACCGCAUUGGGCAAGGAGGCUAAGAAGAUCAUGGAUCAGGGUGGUCUGGUCAGCGAUGAGAUCAUGGUCAACAUGAUCCAGAGCGAGCUUGACAACAACUCCGAGUGCAAGAACGGAUUCAUCCUGGAUGGUUUCCCUCGUACCGUUGCCCAGGCUGAGCGUCUGGACGACAUGCUUAACGCUCGCCAGCAGAAGCUCCAGCACGCCGUUGAGCUUCAGAUUGACGAUGCCCUUCUGGUGGCCCGUAUCACCGGACGUCUCGUCCACCCGGCUUCCGGCCGCUCCUACCACAAGAUCUUCAACCCCCCCAAGGAGGAGAUGAAGGAUGACGUUACUGGCGAGCCCCUCAUCCAGCGUUCCGACGACAACGCCGAUACCCUCAAGAAGCGUCUCGGCACCUACCACGCCCAGACCGCUCCCGUUGUCGAGUACUACAAGAAGACUGGUAUCUGGCGCGGCAUUGACGCCAGCCAGGAGCCUGGCCAGGUCUGGAAGAGCCUGCUCGGUGUUUUCCGCCAGAACUAG